GCAAAGAUCGCGGAAUGGGGCCGUAAUCUUGGCAUGGAAGUUUUCGUAGAUGGGUCGACGACUGUUCUCGCAGGAAAAGUACUUGUACUUGAUAUUGAUAUCAACGACCAUGUCGCUGUCAAGACGUCCUUCGCUAAUAAUGCAAAUGGUAACGGGAACACAUCGGCAGCACCAGAGCUAGACGCCUUUCUCGCGCAGGAAGUGACCCGCUGGAUCAAUGCAGCGAGACGGGCUGCUGGCAUAGAUUCGGCCGUCGGACAUUCGAGAGAGGAUCCUGCGAUUGAAGCUGCACGCCGUAGCCGUGCAAUACAAGAACACUUGCGAUAUCUCAUGAUGCUCGACGGGCUUGCGGCUGCCGAGAACGAGAAAGGACUUCGUUGGUUCAUGGAGCCAACUGUGGUUUCGGAUCACAUCAGAAAGCAGGUUGUGUACGUUUGUUCUGUUGUCAUGGAAGAUCUUGAUAAAUUCUUGACACAACAUGCCCUUCCGUUGCCCUAUCUCGUUGCUCCUUCGCUAUCAUUCAUAGUCUGGCUUUCGCCCCGUGGGUACCUUCAGCUCCUUCGCAGCUCUCCGCCAUCCAAACAAUCGUCAAUGUGGAACAUUGACAUCCCUAUAGCACAUCUCAAGACAUCGAUGCUUGAUACUCUAGAAGAUGUCACCAUCGCUACGCUAAAAUUGGUCCCUUGCACUGAAGUAGCAAAGUCCAAGAUGGACUCGAGCGAUGUCCCUGGAGAUCACAUGCUUCUGGCUGCCCCCUCCCAGAUGUGGGUACUCGACUUCACCACUAAGCUACCACAGAAUGGCGUGGUGAUGUGCCAGAGUCGUAUGCGUGUAAUUCAAGGAAUCGUUGAGUCCCGACCCAUCGACAUGAUCUCAAUGGGGAACAUGUCUAGUAUGGGCUCAAUCUGGGUUGACUUAUUGGUCAAUAACAAUUCAUCAGCAGAAUACUACACUGCAACUUAUAAGUCACCGAAUGACAUCCAUCCACCGCUACACCUUCGCCUUCUAGCACCUCCGGAACCAGGCUUUCUCCUCCAGAGAGUCCCGGUGAGGAGCGUUAAACAAGUCUCGCGAGUAUUAGAGGUUGUUAGAGGACAAUGCUGGCUCAACGAAUCACUGAGCAUACUUCAAUGGUCGCCUGAAACUCCAGUGCUGAAAUCAUCCCAUCGACCGUCAAAUGCAGAACAAGGAAUGCCACCAGAAGACGCAGCAUCAACUACUCUGCUCGCCUCGGUCCUCGCAGGAACAGUUGCGCCACAAUCUAUUCCAGUGAACGUCUAUCUCCCCUCCAGUGCUUUGUCUGCAUUGUCCCAACCAGUUGAUCCAUUUACAUCACAACACAGCGGGCUUGGCAUGGGUCCUCCUGCAAGCGCAGGCUCCAGCAGUGGUGCAAGCUUGUUCGGUCCGAGCGACUUGGAGAUGGAGAUGGAUAUCCCAGGGCUGAGCAUGAGCAUGGGUGGGAGUAUGGACAUGGAUCUCGGCAUGGAUCUUUCAACCCCCACUGAUACCAUGCAGCAGUCACAUGGUCCUGAAACAUGCCCUCCCCCGAUGAUCGUGCUCACCUCUCCGAGGCCUGUGUCUAGGAACGGGCUGGUCGAAAUACGGAUCACGUCGGGCGAAGGACAUGGGGAAAACGGUGUUUGGGUUGAAGCCUCUCCAGGUGUUGAGACAGGAUACAUGUCAGAUGCUGUCAGGCGAGGAGGGGUGUGGAGCCUUCCUGGACGAGUAUGGAACAAAGGGUAAUCGGCUGUUGGCUGGGAUGCAAAAUUCAGCAAGAAAGAUGUACUGUUACCUAUAUUUUAAAUGAAGUUUGAAGAGCACUACAUAGUAACAUUGUGUCCGACGAUGUUAAAUUAGAAGGAUGUAUAUUAGGGGCUAUUAAAUAAUAUUGUUCUGAUAAGUCA